AUGAAUGCGACGACCGCUUCGAAAGACAAGCAUGCACGGUCCGAGUCUGAGGAUUCGAAGGUGGAAAAACAGGACUCUAGGGAUGUGAAGUUACACGCCAUCUCGGUCGAUACGCACGACAUCUACGAUGGCGACGACUCGGCCGUUGAUCCCGUCUACCAGGCCAAGGCACGUAUACUCAACGAUGCCUUCCAAGAGAUCGGAAUGGGAAAGUACCAGUGGUACCUCUUCAUUGUAGCGGGUUUCGGGUGGUUCUCAGAUAACCUGUGGCCCAUCGUGACAGGCCUGAUCCUAGACCCUGUGGUAAACGAGUUCGCUUUCCAAGGACCGUACUUGAAGCUUGCACAAAAUAUUGGCCUCCUGGUCGGCGCGGCCUUCUGGGGCGUCGCCUCCGACGUCUGGGGACGCAAGUGGUGCUUCAACAUUACACUAUUUAUCACCGGUGUCUUCGCCGUCGCCGCAGGGGGCUCACCAAAUUUUAUCGCUCUUUGCUCCUUGGCGGCGGUAUGGAGCGUUGGUGUCGGCGGAAACCUGCCAGUCGACUCAGCUGUAUUCUUGGAAUUUAUCCCUGCUUCCCAUCAAUACCUGUUAACCGUUCUGUCAAUAUGGUGGGCGUUUGGACAGCUUGUUGGCAGCCUUGUCGCCUGGCCGCUCAUCGCCAACUUCUCCUGCGCAUCCGCGGCAAACUGCCCACGGUCGUCGAACCAAGGCUGGCGGUACUUCCUCUAUGCGAUGGGCGGGCUGAUGCUGCUCCUCUUCGUGCUCCGCUUCUUCGUCUUCCACAUGUACGAGUCGCCGAAGUACCUGAUGGGGCGCGGGCGUGAUGCCGAAGCAGUCGAAGUCGUGCACCGUGUCGCAGCAUAUAACGGGCGCGCCUCUACGCUCACGCUGGAGAUGCUGCAGGACGUGGAGACGCGGCUGGGCAAGGACGUCGUACCGGGCGAGGCAGCUUUCGAUACGAGCGCGAAGGCUGCGGUGUUGAGGAAGAUGCAGACGUUCGCGGGGAGCCACGUGAAGGGCUUGUUUGUCACCAAGAAGUUGGCGUACUCGACCACGCUGCUGAUUAUCGUUUGGGCUCUAAUAGGGCUGGCAUUCCCUCUCUACAACGGAUUCGUGACCUUCUUCCUCGCUACGCGAGGAGCUGACUUCGGGGACGGGUCCGUUUACAUCACCUACCGUAACCAAGUUAUUUUGAGCGUCAUUGGUGUACCCGGUGCUCUCCUUGCGGGAUGGAUGGUUGAGCUCCCCUACAUGGGACGAAAGGGCACCCUUGCAAUAUCAACGAUCAUCACCGGAGUGUUCUUGUUCGCAAGCACGACCUCACGAACGUCCAAUGCGCUACUGGGCUGGAACUGCGGUUUCACGUUCACGAGCAACGUGAUGUACGGCGUGCUCUAUGCGGUCUCCCCGGAGCUCUUCCCGACGAAGGAUCGCGGGACGGGCAAUGCUAUCGUCGCGUCUGCGAACCGCGUCUUCGGCAUCAUGGUGAGCCCCAAUACAUCAUCUUUCCUCUCGUCUACUCUCGCGCGAACUACAACAAUUAUCGCACUGAAGGCCAACCUAGCGACGUCGGUGCCCAUCUGGGUUUCCGGCGCACUCUUCCUUGUGGCGGGCUUUAUCUCACUAUUGCUGCCGUUCGAGCCGAGGGGAAGAGCAUCAAUCUGA